AUGUCAUCGAAGAAAACAAACCCAAUGAGAGAGAUAAGCAUUAAGAAGCUGUCCAUUCAUAUAUGUGCACGAGAGAGCGGGCCGAAGCUCGACAGAGCAGCAAAGGUUCUUGAGCAGCUGACCGGGCAGAAGCCUGUGACCUCGAAGGCCCGAAUGACCAUCAGGAACUUUGGGAUCAGAAGAAACGAGAAGAUUGCAGUCCACGUCAAUGUAUCUGGAAAGAAGGCCUAUGAGCUUCUUAACACUGCGCUAAGGGUUAAAGAGUACGAGCUUAAGGAAAGCUGCUUCAGCAACAAUGGAUGCUUUGGAUUUGGGAUUGAAGAGCACAUUGAUCUUGGGCUGAAGUACGACCCGACGAUUGGAAUCUUUGGAAUGGACUUCUUUGUUGUUCUUUCAAGGCCUGGAGACAGAGUAUCCAAGAGAAAAAGAUGCAGAUCAAGAGUUGGAAACAAGCAGAGAGUUUAUGCAGAAGAUGCCAAGAAGUGGUUUGUCGAGAACUUCGAGGGCGUUCUAAUUGAAUAA